CGUACCUGUGCUGGUUGCGUGCAGGCAUAAAUCACAGUAAAUCAUCCAAAUUAAACGAUCGAUCGAUUGAAUGUUUUUUCUUCCUUCCUGCACGCAAUCCGGACUAUAGCAAGCGGGUUGCGGACUACACGGAAGUGAGAUACGAGAAGUGAAUCUUCAAAAAAGUGACGUUCUGACGGAGGUGCCUCGGUGUCCGCGUACAGCAACUACUGGUUCCUAAUAGCGGGUACUCUGAGCGAAGGAGUCGACGAGUAUCGUCGUUGGUAGGGAGAAGAGGUUGGAAGCGGUAUUCGUAAAAUCGAAAAGAUCAUUGCGAAAAUCAUGAAUUUAUAAAUACGGUAGAAGGCAGAACACACAAGAACAGUCGCCAGUGGGAGACUGCCUGAUCGAGGCACGCGAUUGUUGGUACAUGUUCGGUUAGUGCUACACAGCGGCAAACGCCAACAAAGUGAGAGAGAGGGAGAGAGUAAGCGCGAGCGACUCUAAACAACGUUGCGCAACGGUUGAUGCUUUAAGGUGUUUCCAAUAGAUCAGAAGUGCAACACUAUUACUACUGUUGUUGGUAUUGUCGCCGUCGUUGCCGUCAUCGUCAUUGGUCAUUGGUCAUUGUUGACGGUGGUACGGAGUGCUGUGGGGUCUUGUUUACCCUGUUUCAUCAUAGAAGAAAUCAAGUGUAAUGGAAAGGAAAAGUUACUAUAACCAGUUUUUCUUUCGGUAUUGAUCUCUCUCGAGCCGCUCAAUGUUUUCUAGUGAGUGGUGGUAACAUUGGGCAAUUUUAAUUUGACGACUUUCCGUCCCAUGAGUAAAGAGCAAAUUGCUUACGAAGAUACCAGCAGAAAAAAUGACUUAGAGGAAAGUGAGAGUGAAAAGUUAAACUUGAGUGACACGUUUGGUGUUUCCGUGCGUUGGUAAACUAGCCGUGAGACAGUGUUGUCGUUUUCACAUAGGUAUCUGCAUUCCAGUGUGUCGCAUAAAAAUGUUUAACAAUAAUUGCCCGCUGAUUGUAAGAGUUGUGAGGCCGUGAUUUUGUUUUUAGAGCUGAGCUAGUAAGUUUGUGUGGUCGUGUUUUGCAACAAAACUAAAAGUGUGAAAAAUUGCUUGUGAACUAUUUUCAACUGCCAAGACGCUGCUAAUUAUUGUGCAAGGAACGUUUGAAGGAUGGGAAGCCUCAUCAAAUCGAAUAAUUGACAAUAAUAUACGAAUUAGCAAUCGUUAAUGUUUCCCAACACAAGAACACGCCAUCUUCAGCCAACGGGAAGAGAUACCACAACCAUAGAGAAUUUCAGCGUAUGAUUGAGUCACUCUAAUAGAACAGGACAAACGCCACUAAAACCAGCUGACGACUACGUGUCAACCGACGGAACAUUCCAAAAUAAAAAAACCGCUUCGCUCUAAUCAUGCCAAAUGCUUCGCUGUGCGAUCACUACUGUACCGCCCGGAAUUUCGUGUGAUAAUCAUUGUUCGAUGCCUUCGACUGUGAUACAGGACAAACACAAGAACUGUACCGCAAUCAGUAAUUGUUUGUGUCUCGAUUGUACUUGAUUUCAACGGCCGCGAUCAACUGCUGAAGGCGGGUUAGUGUUAGCACUUUAGUUGAGAUAGUCAAACAAAAUGAAGCUAUCCAAAUAUAUCGACUGGUUGCAAGUCCGGGCCUUGCUCAAAAAGGAUUAUUUAGUACGGUUACGACAACCGUGGAUGACCAUUGUUCAGUACAUGUGGCCCUGUUUGAUCUUUCUAUCGCUGUAUAUUCUGCGAAACCGAUUUCAAGCGGAGGAAAUCACCGACUGUCAGUUUCCGACCAGGCAGCUGCAAAGCAAUGGCAUCCUUCCGUUCUUCCAGUCGUACGUGUGUACAAUCGAAAAUGAAUGCAGUAGUCCUCAGAACUUCGAAGAAUCCAGUCUCUUCGAUCGAGCCCCUGUAACGCCAUUACUGGAUAUUAUCCAGAUUUUCCUGGAUACCCCACAGAUCUACAAUCCUGUAGUGAAUUUGCCGCGCGAAAGAAAUCUAAUAGGAACGGUAACCGCUGUUGUGACCAAUCCCCGUUUCAAGGAUAUUGAAAGAAAUGCAGAUAAACUAGUCAAAAUGUUCCCCGAGAUACAGGCGAUCGUCGGGGAAAACUUCAACAUCGAAAAGCUGUUCGCCGACAAUCAAAUGUUUUCGAACUCCGGUAAAAUACUGUGCGGCAAAGCAUUCCCCCGAAGCGACAACAUCCGGUUCAUCAACAACGUUCUGUACUCGGAGGAUUUCAACGGAGCAGACCCAGAUGAACUGGCGGUAAUGCCGACUCCCUAUUGCAAACAGCUUUACCUUGAUGUUACCAACAGUAAUAACGGCAAAAUAACGUGGAAAACACUGAAGCCAAUUCUUCAGGGUAAAGUUCUAUACGGUCCACCCAACGAAAGAAAUGAUGAAAUUAUCAGAUUCGCUAACCAAACCUUCGUUGACAUGGGUCGUCUGCGAGAUUUUUUCAAAGCGUUGAAUACAACCGUUGGAAUGCUACAUACGGAUGAAUCUUUUCGAGCAAGCUUCGUAAAGUUGAUCGAGCUAGCUAAAUCUCCGAUCGUUCAGUUGAUAACCGGUGGAAACGUCAACAUCGAACUGAUCGAGUCUCUGUUGAAUGGAAUCAUGAAUGAAGAAACGGUUGCUAUCAUUCUGAAUACGGUAGCAAGUAUUUUCGAAUGCUUCUCGACCGACCGCUUCGUGUCGGUUCCAACCGAAGCCGCUCUGGAGGAUGAAGCAUUCCGAUUGAAUCAAAAAAAGUUGUUCUUCGCCGGAUUACUUUUCGAGAAUGGAACAGACUCAACUGACGUUUUGUAUAAGAUUCGAAUGCGAACUGACGAUACCCCGGUGACUGUGGAGAAUCGAAAUCGAUUUUGGUUUCCUGGGCCGGAAGCUAGUUUCGAGCUAGACAUGAGGUAUCAUCGCGGCUUUAUUCAAAUUCAGCAUGCUGUAGAUAUGGGAAUCGUUAAAGCACUUAAAAAAGCGAAAUUCGUAUCCGAAGGAGGGAUGUUGGUGGGCUCGGCUGAUGAGCUAGGACUAUCACUAGAUGGUAGUAGAGAUGCAGAUGAUGAAUUCAGCGAGGAAAACGAUGAAGAUAAAGAUGAUCGGACCACUAUUGCACCGAACCGUACUACGGAAGAACUAAACUCGUUGUACGCCGAUCUGAGCAAGAAAGUGACAAUCUCCCAAGCGGAUUUGGAUAAGUUCAGUAACAAAUCUGCCUUGGAUGAUUUUUUGGAGUUUAAUGACGGUGAAGAAGAUGAAGAAAUAGAUGAGGAAGAAGCUAUUGAUUCUGCGGGUUCAACUUCUACUACGGAGGCGAUUCGCAGUCGUCGCAAACGUGCACCACAAUUCAACUUCAUGAGUUUGUUACUAGGUGGUGGAUCCGACAAACUGAAUGAGGAAAUUACCUUCAACGUCUCCGAAGAGAAGUUCUAUACUAAGCAAUUUCCUUAUCCGAAAUAUGUAAAAGACAACUUCAAGAAAGGGCUGUACCUAGCACAGUCGAUCCAGAUGUGCUUCUUUAUUGCUUUGAUUGUGCAUGUUUCCUCCUCUGUACGACAGAAAAUUUGGAUGAAGGAAAGUGGAAAUAUUAUGAUUAUGCGGUCAAUGGGCCUGAAAUCGAAUUCCGAUUCUAUCUCCUGGGCAAUUACAACCUUGAUCGAACUAUGCAUAGUAUUCGUGCUUAGUCUAACCAUUCUUUACAGCGGUGGAAUUCUACUACAUUCCAGUAAAAUUUUCCUUUUCGUAUACCUGCUAGUAUUCGGCCUUUGCUUGAUGGCUUUCUGCUACAUGUGCUCGAUGUUUUUCGCUUCCGCUAGCAUCGGAUCCGUCUCAACGGUGAUUUUGUUUCUUACGACUUUCCUACCGUACAUCAUAAUAAUCUCGUUGGGAGCUGUACUUAGCACAUGGUGGAAAUUCGUGGCGAGUUUGUCUUUUUCGACGGGUUUCUGUUACGCGUGGCGUCAUAUAAUGCGGAUGGAAUUACAAUAUCGUAGCGCCGAUUUCGUUACCGCAUUCGAAGGUUCAAUAGAGGAUAACGAUCUCAUGUUCGGAAUACUGAUGAUGUUGAUGGAUACCGUAAUCUACUUUCUGAUAGGACUGAUAUAUGAAAAAAUGAUUCAUGAGGAUACAACUUUUAACUUAGUGAACAGAAUCAAACUAGAUAAAAACGUUGGAGCCGAAUUGAGGAACGUUGACGUCAUCUACGAAAACAAUAAAAAGGCUUUGAAUGACGUAUCGGUGACCUUCAAAAAAAGUGAGGUAACCUGUCUUCUCGGUCGCAACGGCGCGGGAAAAAGUACCAUCAUCAAACUUCUAACCGGUCAGAUUUUACCCACCGUUGGCGAUGUGCAUCUACCGUUGGAUUACGAUCUUAUAUCGGGUCUGAAAAACAACGCAGAAAAAAUCGGACUCUGUUCACAAAACAAUAUCCUCAUUCCGAAUUUAACCACCAAAGAGCAUCUGCAGCUUUACGCGCGUAUCAAGCUGACCAAAGGAUUUGAAACUGAAGUUCAAAGAACUCUAGAUAAUCUCAAAAUGGGCAAGUACAAAAACUACCACGCAUCCGAACUGUCGGGAGGAUUCAAGCGAAGGCUGUGCAUUGCGAUCGCAUUCCUCGGCUCUCCGAAUUUGGUUAUCCUUGAUGAACCAUGCAGCAGUGUUGAUACCAAGGCCAAAAAGUAUAUUUGGGAACUAAUCCAGACGCUACGCAAAGAUCGGGCGGUCAUUCUGGCAACGCAUCAUCUUGACGAAGCGGAAUACCUUAGCGACAAGGUCGUUAUUCUAGAGAAUGGAAAAGCAAUUCUGGAGCAAAGCCACGAGGAACUGAAAAACCAAUUUACGAAUACCUUGUACGUGGAUAUUGUUCUUAAAGCUUUAACAGAGAGCGAACGGGCCGGGGUUAUCUCUGAGCUGAAUCAAACCAUGAAUAAGCAAAGUAACUUACGGUACGAAGUAACUAAACUUCCUGGAAAUAAAAUGCAGUUCAAACUCAAUUUCGAAGCAACUAGUCUGUCUGAUAUAGACUUGCAAUCCCUGUUUGACCAGUUGAAUCUAUUACAAGAAAAAUCAUUUAUAUUGAACUAUGACCUUAAGAAUGAAAAUCUGCUGAAUAUUUUCAACGCUGUCAAUAGACAUCAUUCUCCUUCAAUAGAAAAAGAAGAACCGGAAAUAGUUGCCGCCAACGGUAACCAUGAAUCGAAACCUAUCGCGCACCGUAUAUCAUCAUUCCAGCUACUUUAUAGUCUUUUACGCAAGCGAUACUUACAUUUCUGUCGCAACUACCGGCUUCUGAUUUGCAUACUGGUUCUUCCGACGAUAUUUGAAAUCAUCGCUAUGUUCUUCAUGACCAUUCGACCUCCAGGUGAAUACGAUACUGUUCUAGAAUUAUCGAACCGGUUGUACGAGGGAGCUGCCGAAUUCUACACCAAAACUAGCAACGGUACAGCCUUCGAGUUGAAUGUCGACGGCAAUAUCUUGACGCACUGCAGCGCUGCGAAUUGCUAUCUGUUCAACAGCUCUGAAGAUGCCUUCCGUUGGCUUCUGCGAACCAAUUCCGAAUUCGAAGAACGCCGCUAUGGAGGUUUAACCAAUCGGAAAGAAAAACAUUUCGUGUGGUAUAAUAACAAAGGGUAUCAUUCAAUGCCGAUUUGGUUAAACAUGUUGGAUUCAGCUAUCCUCAAAGCCGAAUUGGAAAACGAUUCCUACAGUAUUCGUACCAUCAAUCAUCCGCUGAAGAUAGAGGAAGACGAGUUAACGUUAUCAUCUAUACUACAACAAGUUGCCGAUGCUGGAAUAUCGUUGAUCUUGCUGUUAUCGUUCAGUUUAGUUCUAGCAGGAGCAUCCGUCUACAUGGUAAAUGAACGAACGCGUGGAGAAAAGACUCAGCAAAUGUUAGCAGGAGUGAGACUCCGUUAUUACUAUGGAGUAGCAUAUCUUUGGGAUGCUAUGAUUUACAUGAUCGCUGUAGGCCUGGCCGUUCUCGUCUUCCUAGCUUUUGGUAUACCAUCCUACGUCGACAAAGACCAGCUGACUGGAGUUUGUAUUUUACUAGUCUUCUACGGAUUCGCCUCCAUUCCAGGAAUUCAUCUGUUCGAAAAACUAUUCAACGACGCUAGCUUUGCCAAUAUGUCCCUGUUCUGCUUGAAUGUCAUCACCGCUUUGGGAACCAUUACGAUAAUCAUUCUAUUUGACGUUCUCGGUGAAACGGACACCGCGGAACACUUCCGACACUUCCUUAAUCGGGCCUUCUUACUUUUUCCACAACAUGCCUUAGCAGAUGGAUUGAUUGAACUCUCGAAAAACUACAUUCAAGCAGCUAUCUUCAAGCGCUACUACAUCGAUACAUACAAACCCCCGCUGGAGCUGCUGAAACCACAUCUUUAUGCAUUGGCAAUCUUAGGCAUAUUUUUCAUGAUCGCCAACGCGAUUAUAGAGAGAAAAAUUGUUCAACGAUUUAUGCUUGAUGUCGAUAAUUUGAAAACGCCGGCGUUUGAACUGAAAACCGUAGACACGGAGGAGAUCGUUAUGAAUGGGGAUGAAAAGAAAAAAUCACUUACAAUAGAUCAAAUCCUGUCGGUACAACAUUUGACCAAGCGUUAUCGACAGGGUAAUGCAGUAGUGAAUGAUGUUUCAUUUGCGAUACAUCACGGUGAAUGUUUCGGUCUACUAGGAACGAACGGAGCUGGUAAAUCUACGAUAUUUUCAAUUCUGUCAGGAGAAAUGCUUCAAAGCUGUGGCAAUUUCUGUUUCUUCUCUCUAACUGGUUUGUCCUACUGCCCGCAGAGUGAUUUCUUGGAUCCCCUGCUAACCGUCGAAGAAGUCAUAGAGUUCUACGGAAAACUGCGCAACAUCAAGAACAUUGAUAAGUUGGUGGUUGAAACUCUCCGAGAGUACCACCUCGAACCAUACAAACGUAUUCUAGUGAAAAACUUAAGCGGCGGUAGUCGUCGCAAACUAUGUGUGGCAGUGUCCUGCUACGGUGAUACUGACAUCAUUCUAAUGGAUGAACCAACUAGCGAUAUGGAUCCGGUAACCAGAGCUAUUGUGUACCGCACAAUAGAGCGACUGAGCAGCCAGAAUCGUGCGAUUUUGCUCACAUCACACAGCAUAUCGGAAAUUGAUAACAUAUGCCAGCGAAUAGCUAUCUUGAAGGAUGGCCAUCUGCUGAUGGUGGAUACGCCAGAAAAUUUAACCGAACUGUACGGCAACAACUAUCUGAUUACCAUUUACUUGGAAGAAAAUCGUGAAGUGGAUCUUAUAAGGUCUAUAAAACGCGAGUUCAACAUCAGCCAAGAGCUAGUACAAAAUAAAAGCUCGUUGCAGUUUAUUUGCAAGGUACAACCGGAGCGGAAGCAGGUUGGAGCCGAAAAGCUACAUAAGAAUAGCCAGGUUACUAUCAACCUGAACAACAACACAGUUGAUUCCGGCCCCGCACUGGCCAGUAGUAUCAGUGCGCUAGUUUUAAAAUUGCACCAGUUCGCCCAGGACAACCGGUUACAGUAUACGGUGACAAGGUGUAUGUUAGAUCAGGUAUUUGAAACUGUCCUGCAAAAACAUGAUGAGGACCACGCCAAUCCAGGUUUCGUGGAGCAGUAAAGUGAAACCGUCCAAGUUGUAUACUAUUCCUUCCCCAGGUUAAGUUACCUAAUGUUAAGAUGGUUUUUAGAAUAUAAACAAAGGACUUAGUAGUGCUA